AGCGGUAUAACCAGACCACAGCGUUCAUUCCAGUUUAGUAUUGGAUUUAUAAGCACCAGCACUGAUAUGUUGCUGUGCAUUUCAAUCGAAAUCGCGUUAUUCUGAUAAUUUAUUUCGGCUGUAAGCAUACCGCGACAGUAUAAUUUAGGCAGAUUGUUGGAGAGGUUCGUCACAUCUCGAGUUGUAGGAGAAUGUGGAUUUUAUUGACUUGGGAAGCAGGUCUCUUUGAAAAGAGAUGCCGUUUCUUGCAAUAUGCAUAAGGCAUCAUAAAUAUUUCCAUGACUAUUAAAUAUUGAUUAAAGAUUUUAUUUUAGUUUCAAAGGAAGCUCAUGCUGCUAAAUAUAUGUAUUUUAUAAAUGUAAAACAGUGAUAUUUAUUUUCGAUUGCAAAACAUCAAAGCUCAGACUAGUGCAGAAAAAAAGAGAGAUCCGGUUGAAAAUGAAAGAGGAUUUGAUUUUGCAGCCAGUGAAAAGAGAUUAAGCCGACAGCAGUGGAAGUUAAAUUGUGCUGCAUUUAAAAAAAUGGGCGGAUUGGUCUUUAGAUGAGAGAUUGGUACCACCUUCUAUUCUAAAAUAAAAUCUCCUUGGCAUGAAGUCACAGCCUAUUUCACAUCCGGUUUACCAGGGACAUAUUACUAUUGUCUAGGUAAAGAAACAGCUUUAUUUAGCUGCAAUCUCCGUAUUUCGAGUAGAUUUUGCGUUUAGAUGACCAAUUUACAGAGACCGGGAAGUGUUUAACUCCCCAGACCGAGGAAUAGUGAGCUCGACCUGCGCAAACUGAGCAUCAUCAACCGCUGCCUCUUGAGCGUCCAGCUAAAAUCCAGCAGAUCAGAGAUCUAUGAGGAUUGUUCUCAUCGAAACCGCGUAGAAAGGUAUCUGUAAAAGUUUUAGUCAACGAUUCAGUUUGGUGGCUAUUGGUCAUUACUGUAAGACUUUUAAAUUUCAGUUAACAGAGCCUACCAUGGGGAGAGCUGCUAUGUUCAGUCACUGCACAUGGGCCUGUCUGCUGUUAUUACAUGUGCUCUCUGGAAAAAGUCAUGGGCAGACACCCAAUCUCGAAGAUGUAAAGGACAACACCACAGUGUUUACAAGGAUCCUGGAUAGUCUUUUGGAUGGAUAUGACAACCGCCUGAGACCAGGGCUUGGAGAGCGCAUAACUGAAGUGAAGACUGACAUCUUUGUCACGAGUAUUGGUCCUGUCUCGGACCAUGACAUGGAAUACACAAUUGAUGUCUUCUUUCGCCAAAGCUGGAGAGAUGAGAGAUUAAAAUUCAAGGGUCCGAUGACAGUUCUCCGUUUAAACAACCUUAUGGCCAGCAAAAUCUGGACGCCAGAUACAUUCUUUCACAACGGGAAAAAAUCUGUGGCUCAUAACAUGACAAUGCCCAAUAAACUGCUGCGUAUCACAGAGGACGGAACACUUCUGUACACAAUGCGCCUGACUGUGAGGGCAGAAUGCCCGAUGCAUUUGGAAGACUUCCCUAUGGAUGCUCAUGCCUGUCCUCUGAAGUUUGGCAGCUAUGCCUACACUCGUGCAGAGGUUGUAUACAUAUGGACACGAGGUGCAGCACAGUCAGUGGUUGUAGCUGACGAUGGUUCACGACUUAACCAGUAUGACUUGCUGGGGCAAACUGUCGACUCUGGGAUUGUCCAGUCCAGCACAGGAGAGUAUGUUGUCAUGACUACACACUUUCAUUUGAAGAGGAAGAUUGGUUACUUUGUCAUUCAGACCUAUUUACCCUGUAUAAUGACAGUGAUUCUAUCCCAAGUCUCAUUUUGGCUCAACAGAGAAUCUGUUCCUGCAAGAACUGUAUUUGGAGUAACCACUGUGCUUACCAUGACCACACUGAGUAUCAGUGCUAGGAACUCUCUUCCCAAGGUGGCUUAUGCCACAGCCAUGGACUGGUUCAUUGCAGUCUGCUAUGCGUUUGUGUUCUCUGCGCUUAUUGAGUUUGCUACAGUGAAUUAUUUCACAAAGAGAGGCUACGCCUGGGAUGGGAAAAGCGUUGUGCCUGAAAAGCCAAAGAAGAAAAAAGAAUCCCUCAUCAAGAAAAACAACACGUACACGGCAAGUGCAUCAAACUAUGCUCCGAACAUUGCCAGAGACCCUGGUUUGGCAACCAUUGCAAAAAGUGCUGCUCCCACUGACUCUAAAGAAGGAGAACCAAAACCCAAGCCUCCAGAAGCCAAGAAAACCUUUAACAGUGUGAGCAAAAUUGACCGGAUGUCCAGAAUAUGCUUCCCUCUGCUCUUUGGAACCUUUAAUUUAGUCUACUGGGCAACCUAUUUAAAUAGGGAGCCAGCAAUCAAAGGGUUAUUUCAACCCCACUAAUUUCAUCAGUUUUUUUAAUGUUCAUUUGGAGCAAAGGUGUGUAAACUUUUCUGAGGUGGUCUAGUCCCCAAUUACUGCAUUGCUUCUAUGUCAUACACAAAUUUAAAAUUUUACCUCCAAAUUUAAAAAGAAGAGAGUCUAAUCCUAGGUUCUUGGCAAUGUGGUUAAAAUCAAAUGGGAUGUAUUAGGAUGGAUGUGCUACUACUAAUUAUGCUACAAUAAUAUAUAUAUAUACGCAAGAGAAUGCUAAUCUGCAUAUGCACAUAGCCUAACAAAUGUUUUUUUUUCUUAUUUAUGUAUUUAUUUAUUUAUUGCAUUAGACCAUUAACUCUUAAAUACAUUUAUGUAAAAAUUGUUACGUAUCAGAUAUAUUUGCAUGGACUGUUUUUUUUUUUUUUUUUUUUCCUGUUUUGGUUUGGAUCACUAAAUGCUACCUUGAAAAUAAGUCAGAUACUCUACCAUUACAUUUUAGAAACAAUUUCAGUUUUAUUUACUUGUAAUACAUAAUCAAGAUAGGGUUUCUGCAAUAGCAAUAAAUACAUGAUGUCUCAGCGGAUAUAGCGGUUAUAUUACAGAACUUUGAUUAUAGAACACUUCAUAAAGCAUAAUGUUUAUAGUAUUUUAUUGUAAAUAGUAUCCAGUGUUCCAGAUGUUAUUAUUAAGUUUAAGCUUUGCAAACACUGUAAUUAAGAAGUAUAACUUAACCCAAGAAAGAAGAAGAAGAUAUCAUUAUUAUUUUAUAUUGAAGUACUGUGUAUGAAAUAUGACAUUGAAGGUCAGGCAGUAUAUGUAAAGAGGGAGUAUUUAUUGGUUUACUUCCAAGCGGCUGUUGGUGUUCCUCUAAAUGCUAGCUUAUAAAAGUUACCAAUGAUGAUUUAAAAAACCAUAUACAGUAUAUAUAAAUAUAUUUUGAAAAUGGCGGAGUGGUGAGUAAGAAUGUAAAUGUAAUGUUUAAUGUCGGAAUGCAUUUUAUAUUUAGAAUUAAAUCACUCUUAUUCUUUACAUUGGGUUCCACUUUCUAUGUGACCUUCCAAAAUGCUAAAGUGACCCUACACAUUUUGCCAAUGAAGUGCUGUUAAUUAUUGCAUAGGCCUAUCACAACACACUGUUCCAGUGAUUGAAGAGCAGUGCCUUUUUUACAUUUCCAAGGGUACUGAGGAAUUGAGGCACCACAUAAGGCAAGACUUCCAGAUUCACUUCCACUUGAUAGUUUACCCUUGCCUCCCACUCUUUGGACCUGUCAUAUAGCAUACCAGCUACACAAGCCUUCAAUUUGUGAUGCCCUUGUAAGUCUAAAGCAUGAUUCACACAGGACUAAAAAUCCGGUGUCCUCAGAGUUAGAAAAAAGGAGAGGAUGUCUAGUAACCUCCCAGACGUGGAUUAGUUUCUAUCAAUAAAAAUCAGUAAUUUCAAAAUGAAAUGUGAUGCUGUGGCCAGAGAAGGAACCAGGUGUAAAUAACUAAUUUCAUUGUAACUUCUUUCCCAAAGGCUAGAAUAACCAUUUAAUCCCUUGAGUGAUAUGUAUUUCCAUACAUACAUUCAAAUAAUGCUGUAUCUAUUCUAACAUAACUCUGACAGUGUUGAUUUGCACAGGAGUAAAAAGACACAAGACGCCUGAGUCUGAAAUUGUACAGAAGGUCCCGAUGUCCUGUAAAAAAAAUUAACUGGGAUAAAAAGAAAUGGACGGUUCGCACAGGAUUAAAUUUCACCAAUGUCGGUAAAAAUUCUAAAACCAAAUGUUUAUGUGGUGAUUGUUAGUCCUGUGCGAAUCGGGCUAAAGACAGCACAUUUUUGAUAAAUUAUUUAUCUAUUGCCUCUUUGCAAUAGACACCAUCUGGAAAAAAACUAAACCAAUAGGGUAGCACUACAUCCAUCACACCAUGAUUUCUUCUCUUUUUACAUAGCAUGCAGUCAGUUCAUUUUCAGAAAACAUCAACAGAAACCAAGAGACAGUAUUCAAAAAACGUAAAGAUAAAAAGCACUCCGAUUUUUAAGAUUCCGCUGAUUUGUUUAUUGCAUUUCCUUUUCAAAUGAUGUUAAUGUAGCACUAUCUAAAUGGUAAGGGCUUUCUGCAGCUUUAUGUUGACCACAAAGAAUGACAGCUUUAUAUAUAAUUUUGACGUGUACAUUGCUGAAAUCCAAGGAUUACGCUAAUGCCCUUGGUCUUAAAACUUUAGAAAUAUGCUGAUAAGAGUUUCAGCAACUAUGAUCCACAUUUUUGAUGUACUGGAACUGGUCACAUCCUAUGUCGAAGCAGCACUAGAACUUUAAUGGACCCAUAUCACAUGAUUUGGUCCUGCCAAUCCGAAGUAAGAAGUAAUCAUCCUUGGAAGUUGUCAAGGUGACACAUCAUUUUGCGGUAUGGACAAGUAAUUGUUUUUCAGGUGUCUUAUGCAAAUUUACAGUAAUAGAGUCCAUAAAAAGCUGCACUUGGGAUGUAGACAAAUAUUAUGUAUAAAUAUAAAUGUAUAGAUAUUUAAAUUCUAACCUAUUGUAUGAACAUUUAUUAUCAUGCGUAAAUAUAUAUAUAUAAAUAAAAAAACAUUUAAAUUUAAAGAUUGUUUGUAUCAACCUGUUGGUACAUUUUGAACAUUAGUUGCAUAAUUUACACAAAAGUAGUUUGGUUUGUGCUAUGCAAGAACAGCUUUGAAGCACUUUUUCUGUUCUUUUCUUAAUGAUUGUGUUUUAAUGAACCAUAUAUUGUAGACUGUGUAUCCUAAUUAGCUUCUAUACAUUGUUUUGCUAUGUAUUUAUUAGCAUUAAAUAGUAUUCCUUCAGCUAUGAUAUAUUUCAAUAGAGAAGUUGCUGUCACUCUUGGGUUCAUUGGGAAAUGACAAUGAAUGUUAAUUGCACAGUUAUGCAGAGACAUGGCAAUAAAAGUAAAAUAAAUAAAUAAAAGGAGAAAUCGCUUACGACAUUUAUUGCAUUGCAGAGUUUAGAUAUAGCUAGAAAUUUCAAUUAUUUUAUUUCAAAGCAGCCAGAUUGCUUAGGCACAAGUGUUAUCACAUAAGCGAACCUGUAUAUUUUCGACUUGCCAGCCUAUGUAUAUCUCUGCUGUUCAUGACCAGAAUAAAUUUGGUACAUUUGACAGCAGCUAUUCUUCUUGGUAAAGACUGAUUCGUAUUUUAUUGUUCUUGAUUACUCUAAUACGUCUGUACGUCAGUGUUCAUGCUUCACUCCAGAGUUGUGCCCUUUUUAUGUAACAUUCAAGGCUAUUUCCAGAACUCCAGUAAAUAAUAGCUUAUAUUAUCAGUUUCAGGAUUUUGCACAUUCUGUAUUUGUUUUAUGCACCCUGUGGGAGCAGGGGAUUUUUGCAUUAGACUCAAAGUAAUGUUAAAAUUUGAACAAUGUUUAAUAAAUUCUCCAAGACCAA